AUGCUGUUCCUUGCCUUUGCGAAUGGCUUCCUCCCUUCAUUGACGACUUGGGACUACCAGAUGACCAGAGGCGACCAGUCCAGAGCUUCAUACGCGGAUUCAUUCGCAGGGACUUCUCCCGCUGCAAAGCCUUCUAUUCAGCAUAUUACUGGAGUCCCGACACGAGGAGGACGGCGCUCAACCGCUACGCAAUCCUCACGGUUCGAUAAUUGGUCUCUUAUCGCCAACCUUUCCCGAUUCGGCGCCGUUACCAAUGACGAUUCUAUCCUUCCUGGUGGGACAAAGGUUAGAUCGUUCUUUCAAGGUGGAGGCGUUCACGAGAGGAUGGCGAAGAUUCGGAAAGCGAUCGUGAAGAUUCGGAGGGAGUGGGAGCAUGGAUACUGGGGUUUCGUGGAUGAAUUGGAGGCCGCGUUUUUACGGAAUGCGCCUGGGUUCGAGGAGGGUGGUGGGUUGUUUGGUGGUGGAAAGAGGAAGGAGUGGGGAGACAGAGUUCGGCGAGGGGAGAGAGAGGAUGAGGUUGAAGAAGACUAUGGGUUCCUCAAGUUAUACACGGACAAGGACGGCUAUAAUCAGAUUUUCUCCGUCCUGAACAACGCGUUUAGAACGGAUGAAUUGGAAGAAACGGAGGAGCGGCUGCGUGCUGCCGUAUUCCUUGUCGAAUUGUUGACGAUCGAGCUCUUCAAUUAUACUCUCAGUCGGCAAAUCAACGCGCCCCGCUCGGAGGAGUCGACGGACGGAGGCGGGGAAGAAGGGUUUACAGGGGUGGUGUACAGGGGAAUGAACGUCACCUCUUCGCACUUCCAGAGUUUUUUACGCCUGAUGGAAAAGCCGGUCGAGGAACGAUACUGGGCGAUUCCACUGGCGUUCAUGUCGUGUUCAGCGUCGCGCGACCUAGCGCUCGAAUUCACAGCAGCAGCCGCGGAAGAGCCACUUCAGGACGCCCCCACUGUCGUACAACAUAGAGUCCUGUUCAGAAUUCACGUAGUCGCGCUCGACGCGGAGUCGCUGAGGGAAUACAGGGAGAGGUUUCCGACGAGCGUUGUGACCACCAUCUGCGCAGUGGAUAUUAGUGCGGUUUCGGCGUUUCCGGAGGAGAAGGAGGUCGUGCUGAGGGGCCCAUUUUUCCAGCUCUUGCGAGCCUCCAAGGAGCCGAUCGUCAUCCCACCCGGGGGCGCAGAAGCCGCAGCAGCCUCGGGACCCAAAGAGGAGAUAAUGGUAUUUGAUGCGGUUGUUUUCAACACCAACCGGGAUCAUCCCUCGACGAUGGAGAUGGACGAGGAUGAGGGAGCGAAAGCGAGGGAGUUCUUCGCGAGUGCAAUUGGGUUAUCCAGGACGAGAGUUUGCAUGGAGCUCUGCAGAGAGUUUGGGUUGAAGGAGGAUGAAGAGGCGUAUAGGUUGUUAAACGAGCAAGCCAGGGAUAAAUUGAGAGCUUUGCGAAAUGGAUCCGACUAG